AGUGAGAGGGGAGGUGGGGAGCUGGAAGUUGGGAGGUGGAGUAAUUCUGCAGAAUAUGAGCUGCUGUCCACAGCUUUCUGGAUGUAAAUUGAUGAGGUCAUAGUGUUUUCCAGUUACAGAAAAAAAGAAAAAAGUUAAGGAAAAAAAGAAAGUCUUCAACUUGUUUUUCAAGAGAGACGAAAACACGGAGGAGCCGAAGAAGAAAUGGAGCAACUUGUAAAACUCCUCCUGUGGCACAUUUUGCUUCAGCAAAGUUCUGUGUGUUCAUAUUCAGUGCCAGCUGAUGCCUCCAACCCAGAGAGCGUGGUGGUGUCCGUGCUGAACAUCAGUGCUGUGCUGGGCUCUCAGGCCGUGCUGCCCUGCAAGAGCCACCGCAUGGUGUGGACCCAGGACCGGCUCAACGACCGGCAGCGCGUCGUGCACUGGGACGUGCACAGCACCUACUACGGGGACAACAAGAUGGAGAGGCUCUGUGACAUGUACUCUGCUGGGGACCAGCGUGUCUACAGCUCCUACAACAGGGGCAGGAUCUUCAUGCCCGAGAACGCCUUUGUAGAGGGCAACUUCUCCCUGGUGAUCAAAGGUGUUGCAGAGAGUGAUGAAGGCAUAUACUCCUGUAAUCUUCACCAUCACUACUGCCACUUGUAUGAAACUGAGAAAAUCCAGCUCACCAUCACCAAGAAAGCCGAGGACGCCGGCGAGUUCUGGGAUGGGGAGAAGCCGGUGGUGGUGGCCCUGCAGGGCAGCACGGUGACGCUGCCCUGCGUCAACCGCAACCACAUCUGGACGGAGCGGCACAGCGAGGAGGAGCAGCAGGUCGUGCACUGGGACCGGCAGCCCCCCGGGGUGCCCCACGACCGCGCCGACCGCCUCGUCGACCUGUACGCCUCCGGCGAGCGCCGCUCCUACGGGCCCCUCUUCGUGCGCCGCAAGAUGAACGUCACCGACGCCGCCUUCGCCCUGGGCGACUUCUCCCUGCGGAUCUCGGAGCUGGAGAGCGCCGAUGAGGGCACCUACUCCUGCCACCUGCACCACCACUACUGCGGCCUGCACGAGCGCAGGAUCUACCGCGUCUCUGUGACCGAGCCCGUGGCCAGGGAGAGGAAGGUGGUGAACCUCACCACCCACAACGUCGCCCCGGCCGUAGACCCAAACAUUGUCAGGGGCCACAAUGUGAUAAAUGUCAUCAUCCCUGAGAGCAGGAUGCACUUCUUCCAGCAGCUGGGAUACAUCCUGGCAACCCUGCUGCUCUUCAUCGUCCUCCUCAUCAUCGUGGUGCUCGUCACCCGCAAGCGCCGGCAGAGAGGUUAUGAAUAUAACGUGAAGAAAUAUGGAGAGAAGGAUGUGAACCUUAAGGAAUUUACAGUGGACACAACAGAUCUGACCCCACACAAAAGCGAAGACAUCAGGCUGGAUUACAAAAACAACAUCCUGAAGGAGAAGGCUGAGCAAGCCAGAAGCUUCCCAGCAAAGAACAUUGAUUUAGACAAAGAUUUCAGGAAGGAAUAUUGUAAAUGAAGACACUCCCAAGCUGCUGGCUGGACCAGAAGCUUCAACCAAAGAUAGAUAACAUGGAAGAGAGAUGACUUCUCUUAAUACCAUCUCCCUCCAGUUCCCAUAGAGUUGUUUUUUUUUUUUCCACAUAGACUUGAGGGUGUUUGCAAAUGCUUCUUGAAAGAGUUAGACUGUCUUGUGUGCAUUUAUGGGUUUGGGUUGCCUUUCCUCCUCAUCUCCCAAUCCUCCAUUCCUCUCUUCUUUUCUUGAUAUUAUUGUUGGUUUUAUGCAUCAAUGAUUUUUAUGAGCUGAAUCAGCAGACCUUUUGCUUUGAUGUUAUUGCUUUAAAUAAACCAACCUGCAUCACU